CUGGGCGCGCCCCUUCCAGGCCGCCCUUCCGCACCGGCCUUCGGGCUCUUCCGGUCCCGUCGCCUCUCACCUUCAGGCCCUCUCCCGCUGCACGCCCGGCCUCCCCGACGGACUAAUCUCUCGCGGUGCCCGGCCACCGGGCGCCGGACCUACUAGGGCCAUGGCGAGCGGCGCCGCCAGGUACCGGCUGAGCUGCUCGCUCCCGGGCCACGAGUUGGACGUGCGGGGCCUGGUAUGCUGCCUCUAUCCACCGGGGGCUUUUGUGUCCGUGUCCCGAGAUCGCACCACCCGCCUCUGGGUCCCAGACAGUCCUAACAGGGGCUUUACAGAAAUGCACUGUAUGAGUGGCCACUCCAAUUUUGUCUCUUGUGUAUGCAUCAUACCUUCAAGUGACAUGUACCCUCAUGGACUAAUCGCCACUGGAGGAAAUGACCACAAUAUUUGCAUUUUCUCACUGGAGAGUCCAGCGCCACUUUAUGUACUAAAAGGUCACAAAAAUACUGUUUGUAGUCUUUCAUCUGGAAAAUUUGGGACAUUACUUAGUGGCUCAUGGGACACUACUGCUAAAGUCUGGCUAAAUGACAAAUGCAUGAUGACCUUACAGGGUCAUACAGCUGCAGUAUGGGCAGUAAAGAUAUUACCUGAGCAGGGCUUAAUGUUAACUGGAUCAGCAGACAAGACUAUUAAACUUUGGAAGGCUGGAAGAUGCGAGAGGACUUUUUCUGGGCAUGAAGACUGUGUAAGAGGCUUGGCAAUUCUGAGUGAAACAGAAUUUCUCUCCUGUGCAAAUGAUGCUAGUAUUAGAAGGUGGCAGAUCACUGGCGAGUGUCUUGAAGUAUUUUAUGGUCAUACAAAUUAUAUUUAUAGCAUAUCUGUCUUUCCAAAUUGUAAAGAUUUUGUGACAACAGCAGAAGACAGAUCUCUGAGAAUCUGGAAACAUGGGGAAUGUGCUCAAACAAUCCGACUUCCAGCUCAGUCUAUAUGGUGCUGCUGUGUGCUAGACAAUGGUGACAUUGUGGUUGGCGCGAGUGAUGGUAUUAUUAGAGUGUUUACAGAAUCAGAGGAUCGGACAGCAAGUGCUGAAGAAAUCAAGGCUUUUGAAAGAGAACUCUCUCAGGCAACCAUUGAUUCCAAAACUGGUGAUUUAGGGGACAUUAAUGCUGAGCAGCUUCCUGGGAGGGAACAUCUGAAUGAACCUGGUACUAGAGAAGGACAGACUCGCCUAAUCAGAGAUGGGGAGAAAGUCGAAGCCUAUCAGUGGAGUGUUAGUGAAGGGAGGUGGAUAAAAAUUGGUGAUGUUGUUGGCUCAUCUGGUGCUAAUCAGCAAACAUCUGGAAAAGUUUUAUAUGAAGGGAAAGAGUUUGAUUUUGUUUUCUCAAUUGAUGUCAACGAAGGUGGACCAUCAUAUAAACUGCCAUAUAACAUCACUGACGAUCCCUGGUUAACUGCAUACAACUUCUUGCAGAAGAAUGAUUUGAAUCCUAUGUUUUUGGAUCAGGUGGCUAAAUUUAUUAUUGAUAACACAAAAGGUCAAAUGUUGGGACUUGGGAACCCCAGUUUUUCAGAUCCGUUUACAGGUGGUGGUCGGUAUGUUCCAGGCUCUUCAUCAGGAUCUUCUAACACACUGCCUGCAGCAGAUCCUUUUACAGGUGGUGGUCGGUAUGUACCAGGGUCUGCAAGUAUGGGAACUACCAUGGCUGGAGUUGAUCCAUUUACAGGGAACAGUGCCUACCAAUCAGCUGCAUCUAAGACAGUGAAUAUUUAUUUUCCUAAAAAAGAGGCUGUCACUUUUGACCAAGCAAACCCUACACAAAUAUUAGGUAAACUGAAGGAACUUAAUGGAACUGCAUCGGAAGAGAAGAAGUUAACUGAGGAUGACUUGGUACUUCUUGAAAAGAUACUGUCUCUAAUAUGUAAUAAUUCUUCAGAAAAACCCACAGCCCAGCAACUUCAGAUUUUAUGGAAAGCUGUUAACUGGCCUGAAGAUAUUGUCUUUCCUGCACUUGACAUUCUUCGGUUGUCAAUUAAACAUCCCAGUGUGAAUGAGAACUUCUGCAAUGAAAAAGAAGGAGCUCGGUUCAGCAGCCAUCUUAUCAGUCUUCUGAACCCUAAAGGAAAGCCAGCAAACCAGCUGCUUGCUCUCAGGACUUUUUGCAAUUGUUUUGUUGGCCAGGCAGGACAAAAGCUCAUGAUGUCCCAGAGGGAAUCACUACUGUCCCAUGCAAUAGAACUGAAAUCAGGGAGCAAUAAGAACAUUCACAUUGCUCUGGCUACAUUAACCCUGAACUAUUCUGUUUGUUUUCAUAAAGACCAUAACAUUGAAGGGAAAGCUCAGUGCUUGUCAGUAAUUAGCACAGUCUUGGAAGUUGUACAAGACCUGGAAGCCACUUUUAGACUUCUUGUGGCUCUUGGGACACUUAUCAGUGAUGAUUCAAACGCUGUACAAUUAGCCAAAUCUUUAGGCGUUGAUUCUCAAAUAAAAAAGUACGCCUCGGUAUCAGAACCAGCUAAAGUAAGUGAAUGCUGUAGACUUAUCCUAAAUUUACUGUAACAGUGGGCUAGGGGACUGAGAUUUUAAAUUGAUAAGUUUUUUUUUUCCUCAUAUUUCACAUGACUGAUUACAGAUGAAAAGAAUGCUGUGGAUUAAGUAAAAUUUCAGAUCUUGUAAAGUGGGGGCGGGGGAGGUGAAACAAAGGAGAAAUAAAAUUUUUGCACUGAUGAACUGUGAAAUUUUCCUGGGUAAUGGGGAUAGGUUCAGAGAUAAAUUAAGAAUGAGCUGUGACCAACAGCAACGCAACUACAGUGGUGUAAUUCCCUUACCUUAGCAAACUAGGAGAAGACAAGGGCUUUUAUUUAUGUAAUCUGCUUUACUACUUAUACCCCCAGACUGUUAAUUGUUGGUGGUUGUCUUUUAUUUAAUUUCUGCUCUACUCAUUUUCAUUGCUGGAUGCUUUCAACAGCAUUGAUUGAUUUCAAAGUCUUGUUUUAGGACAACUACUUUAGAAUUUUUAAAAUUAAGUUUGUUAUAAAUUAUUCCAUAUAUUGAAAAGAUAUAAAAUAAUUUCUUCAUUUAAGUUCUUUGUAAAUAGAAAGUUUGUUUGAUGGCUCAUUUUUAGUUCAAGUAAAAGCAAAUUACUAAGCUGUGUUAUGUGUAUCAGUUCAGACAGAUGAAGCCCCAAAUUGACUACAGGCUUAUGAUCCAGUUUCUUUUCCCCUUCACUAUUUGAGGUAACUUCAUUAUUCAUUCCAGUUUCGAUAUCUGAUUGUCUAUUUUUGGUCAUUUCCAUUAUAUCAAAGGGAAUUUGGAAUGUGUUGAAUAUUAUCAGGCAAUUGAGUGAGCAAGAAUACAUCAAACUGUUAUUUGCAAGUCCAGAGACUGUCAUGGGAAAUUAGUAUUUUUGAGCCUCUAACAUGGUCCAGGUAUAGUGCUAAACACUUGGAUAUUUAAUUCCCAAAUCCUGUUAAAUGUAGGGUGAUGUUAUCUCUAUUUUCAGAAGUAAAGAUAGUGGGAUGAAUCAUGAUGGAAAAAAGGAAAAGUACAAACCAUGCCAUACUUCCUAGAGAGGGAGGGGUCACAAAUUUGUCUAUGAACAUCCUAGCAACUAACACCAAGAAGGAACCAACCCAUUAAUUAUAUAAUUUACUGUGUCUAAGAGAACCUUAAUUUCUUAAGAGAAGUGUAACUAUUCUUAAUCUAAAAUAGCAUCAUUCCCAACAUUUAUGAUAUAUAGAACCGUGAAUUUCCUGGCUUAAUGCCAAAUUGCAGUCUAAGAAGACCAUUUCUUCCCCAAUAAGAGAGGAAUGGUUUGAUUGUCUAGAUUAAUCCAAGGAAAAACUUUUGGAAUAUCAAAAGAGAAUGGGUAAAAUGUAAAUUGAGGGGAUAUAUAUUUUGCUAAGUAUUAAAUUGCAAUUUUCUGGUGUGUACCCAGACGUUAAAUAUUGUUUGCUGGUUCCAUUAGUUACCUGUGCUCUGCUUUUUGUUGAAUUGGGAUUUAGGGGGUUAAGUCAAAGUUAAAUGACUGUAUUAAGAGUAUAACUGGGUCAGCCUGGUUCAGUGCUUACAAUACAGUGCUUUCUUUUUAACAUGUCAUGUUUAGCAUGCAAUUAUAAGUACAAUUUAUCUGCAAUAUUUUGAAAUACUAGGUACCUUUGUAUAAUGGUAGGAUGUAAAGUCUUCGUUAAGAAUAGUUUACUCUUCAAAAUGUAAGGGGUGGCAAAUGGUAAACACUGUUUGCUUCCCAUUAGUGUACAAGUGUUUUUAUAACCACUUUUAUUAUACUGUUAUGUCAUGUUUAUUGAAGAAAAAUUACAAAAUACAGUUUAGCAAAAAGGAAAAAAAAUCCCACUUGAAAGAUAAGUGAUAAGUGGUGAUCUAAUUGUUUUAAAGAUUUUUUUUAAGUUACUUUUUUCCAUGAUUCCCUUAUUUUUUUUUCUGAAUAGAAAAAUACACAUUCAUUGCAUAAAACACACACACAUUAAAUAAAAAUUGCCUAUAAUUCCACUACCCAGAGAGAAUCAUUCUUGACAUCUUGUGCCAUAUCAAUUGGUAUGUAAACAUGUUUUAUUUUUUUAAAAAAGGAUUGUAUUAUACACAUUGUUCAAUAACCUGAUUUUUAAACUUGACAUAUAGUACACAUAUUUCCACCUUAAUAAAUAUAAUAUUAUGUUAUAUCGAUGUGCCCAUUUCCUAUUAUCUGACAUUGUUUCCUAUUUUCAGCUAUCAAGCAAUGCUAUGGCAAAUCUCACAAGUUUCUUACUAAUUCCUUAGGAUACAUUUUAUACUUGGAAUUGGUGGGUCAAGUUAAUGCACAUUUUUAAACUUUGAUAAAUGUUGCCAAAUCACCUCCAGUGGUAAAAGUCUUGGAGUUAAUGUCCUUCAUAUUGCGUUAGAAACUGUUGCCUGCAAAAGAGCUAAGUUAUCAUUGUCUCCAAUUCAUUAACUAUUAUAGUCCCCCUCUGACAUUACAUUUUUAAAAAUGAGCAUUUUAGGGAAUUCCCUGGCUGUCCAGUGGUUAGGAUUCCAUGCUUCCACUGAAGGGGGGCAGGGUUCAAUCCCUGGUUAGAGAACUAAGAUCCCCCAUGCCACACGGUGUGGACAAAAAAUAAAUAAAUAAAAUGAGCAUGUUAUGAUUUUUUUUCAUGACUAGCUGAAUUUAUAACUAAAUAACAAUGUGACAGAAUUUUUUUAUCUACCUCAUAAUCAAAAUAAUGGAAGAAGCAUAGCUAAAAACCUUCACAAAGAUAAUUCUGGGGAUAAGACUGGGUUAUGGCUUCCUUAGCAGUUAUCACUGUAUAUUAUGGUUAUUUUGUGAAAAAAUAAUAAAAUGUAUAGAGGAUCAUUAGUGAUGUAUCAUCCUUCCUAGAGGUCUUGAGAUACAAAUUACCCACCUGAGAAUAGGAAAUGUUAUUCAAUCAUUAAAAAAAUAAAUUAUAAUUAAUUUCUAGUGCAUUUUUCUGUAGAAAAUUAUACACAGUAUCUCAGUCUGUUUCGGCUGCUACAACAAAAAUACCAUAGAUUUGGUGGCUUACACAACAAACGUUUACUUCUCACAGUUCCGGAGACUGGAAGGUCCAGAUAAAGGUGCUGGCAUAUUUGGUGUUUGGUAAGGGCCCGCUUUCUGGCUCUUACAUGCUGUCUUCCUGUGUCCUUGCAUGGCAGAAGGGAGGGGGGAGCUCUCUGGGGACCCUUCAGUCCUGAGGGCUCCACUCUCAUGAUCUAAUCACCUCCCGAAGGCUCCACCUCCAAAUACCAUCACGUAGGAGAUUAGGUUUCAACAUAUUUUGAGGAGGCACAUUCAGCUGUAGCACACAGUGUAGUUGUCAUUAUAAAUACAAUUUUGAAGACUCAUUUAACAUCAUUUUUCCAUGUGUUUCAAUUUUUUUAAUGAAAAUGUUCAUACAUACAAUGAACACUCAUGGACUUGCCAACUACGUUCUGCAGUUGUUAACAUUUUGCCAUAUUUGCUUUAUCUCUGUUGUUAAUACUUCCAUUUGAAA